AUGUUUCGUCGACGAGGUUGUUACGUUUGUGGCCAGCUGGGCCAUCUAGCCGAGAACUGCAGCUUCACCGACCGCCGCUGCUUCAACUGUCUCGAAGCGGGGCACGAGUCGUCCGCCUGCCCUGCCCCGCGCACCACCGAGACCAAGCAGUGCUACAACUGCGGCGGCAAAGGCCACAUCAAGACCGACUGCCCCACCAUCGACACGCAGGAAUGCUUCGGCUGUGGCGGCAAAGGCCACGUCAAAGCCAACUGCCCCACCGUCGACAAGGAGAAGAAGUGCUACGGUUGCGGCGGUACGGGCCACGUCAAGGCCAACUGUGCGAGUGUCAAAGGUGGCUUGACCUGCAGGAAGUGCGGCGGUCCUAACCACUUCGCUAGAGACUGCAAGGCCAACGGCACUGCUGCUGCCAAUGGCGGCGUCAGGGCUAAAAGCUGCUAUACUUGCAAUCAAACCGGCCACAUCGCCAGGCACUGCCCGCAAGCUCCCCUCGAGACGGCGGCAACUGCUCCUGGCACCAACCCCGCUGCUGCUCUGACUGCUUGA